AUGGCAAAUCUUGCUGCCGGCGCAGUAGCAUCUUCUCAGGACCCUUGUGGGGCCAACGUUUCAUCCACUGCUUCAGGCGACAGCUUGGACGAGUGGGAAGAAGUUGAAACAAGUCCGGGUCCAGAUGUAUCAGAAGCCUCCCUGAAGAUUUUGAACAACUGUCUCACGGAUGUGCAGAAGUUUGUCUGUAAAGUGCAGGAGAAAUGCCACAGCGGUGAAGUGGUCACUAUGGUGAAGGCUUGUGAACAACUACAGCAGCUCCACAAGCUCUGUAACUGGCAAGACAGGCUCAUCGUGGCAGGCAACAGCAAUGUGGGCAAGAGCACCAUUGGAAACGCCCUGCUUGGCGGUGGCAAGUUUUGGCCAACAUCAUCCUCAUGCAUGACGGCUCGGAUUUGUGAAGCACACUACGAUGCUUCUGCCCCCGGCACCGCAGUUUCGAAGGACGUGGUCUACAAGAGUGCAACUUCACAGCCAAAAGAGUUCGAAGAAUUCCUGGAGCAACCUUUGCAGGUUCCAAAUCCAAGCUCCUUGCUGAAGCCGGGUGUCAUUCUGGUCGACUUGCCAGGCUUGGAUCAGGAAGUGAAAUACAUGGCGAGAUUGGAGGAGUACAUGAUGUCUCAUGAGCCUACUUCGGUAGCGCUCGUUUAUGUGAUCGAUGUGAACAAAAAGAUUUCCAACGAGGAUCGUGAGUUUUUUGAGAUGCUCAUGAGCUCCCCCUGGACGGAAUUGUCCCAGAAGCUUCUGCUUGUGGUGAACAAGUGUGACAUAGAAGUCGCGCGGAACCCUUUGGACAGCGAAGAAGAGAGUCCAAACUAUGAUGAUUUGAUUUCAGACAUCAAGACAGAUGCCAGCAAUUACUGCACUCCAAAAGUCAUGGACGUGUCCAUGUCGGAUCGUGUGACAAAGCAGUCCACGCAAAAGCAGAGUCAAAGUGGCAGUCGGUGCAGGCGGAAGUUCGCAGGGCUCUGA